CUGGCAAUCAUCUCUUCUAAAGUAGGCUUCAAUUCUGAAGAGAUUGCACUAAGGCCACAUUCAUGUUUAUAGCCAACAAGUUUCUCUUGAAAAAAAUUUAUUCCUUCCAUCUGUGAACCUUUUGUUUCACUGUUGGGUUACAGGUCUUGGCUUAUGCACAACAGUCAAGAGAAUGUUCCAACUAUGAGCAGGAAUCGCUUCAUGAAAGGAUGCAGGAGUAUAAAAGGCAGAUUGAUCGAGAAAGAAAGAAUUCCUUAAAAGGUUCUAGUGGCUCUCCCAAGGGAGACAGUAUAACAAGACCUUUUGCAAGGAAUUCAAAUAAAGUGAUAGAGGCAGCUAUGCAAUCUGCUGCCAAGGGAAAGGUCCAAACCAUUCGACAAGGAUAUCUCUCAAAGCGAUCCUCUAAUUUGAGAGGGGAUUGGAAGAGAAGAUUUUUUGUUCUUGAUAGCCGAGGGAUGCUGUAUUAUUAUCGGAAACCAUGGAGCUGGAAUUCUGCAGCUGCGAAUCAGUCUUCCGCACAGAGAAAUAAUCAAUCUGAAACUAGUCAUGGGUUGCUGAGCCGGUGGCUUUCUUCUCAUUACCACGGGGGUGUACAUGAUGAAAAAUCUGUAGCACGACACACUGUGAAUCUUUUGACCUCAACAAUUAAGGUUGACGCUGAUCAAUCAGAUUUAAGGUUCUGCUUCAGGAUUAUCUCUCCAACAAAAGUCUACACUUUGCAGGCAGAGAGUGCGGUAGAUCAAAUGGACUGGAUUGAAAAAAUAAAUGGAGUAAUUGCUUCUCUGUUGAGUUUUCAGACGCCGGAGAGGUGUCUUUCUGCUGGUCCCAUUGAAUAUGUCGAUUAUUGCUCUGGAACCGGAAGCGAAAGUGGUUCAUAUGUGGAUUGCGCAGAUGUUGAACAAACAGCACUCGAGGAAAACACAUCUACAAGUCUUGCCUCUGAAAAUCAUUUACAUAUAUCUAGAAGUUGGCGAGACAUGGACAAUAGCAUGAAGGGUGAAAAGCCAAUUGAUUUAUUGAGAAGAGUAUAUGGGAAUGACAAAUGUGCUGAUUGUGGUGCAUCUGAGCCAGACUGGGCGUCCUUAAACCUAGGUGUUCUUAUAUGUAUCGAAUGUUCUGGUGUUCAUCGUAACCUUGGAGUACAUAUAUCAAAGGUGAGAUCACUGACACUUGAUGUUAAAGUGUGGGAAUCAUCUGUAUUAAACCUGUUUCAGUCACUGGGAAAUGUCUAUGCAAACUCAAUCUGGGAGGAGUUGUUGCACUCUGGGAGUGGAAGUGGAAGUAGUUUUUUACCAGAUAACAAGAGUAACUUUCCACCUAAUAAGAGGACUAUGGGAGCUUCCAAGAUUGACAAACGCAAACAGUUUACUGUGCGAAAACCUAGUCAUGAUGAUUCUAUUGCACUAAAGGAGCAGUACAUUCAUGCUAAGGUAGAGCACAUGCUAAAUGAUAGGUUGAUGCAAUUUGUCAAUGUUGAUUUGCAAGAUGAAACCCGGAAACGCUUUGACAAAGCUUCUCUUAUAUACGAUCAGGCACGUGAGAAGUUUCUUUCAUUGAAGAAGAGCACCAGGGUUGAUGUAGCUGCUGUCAUAGAGGAGGUUAUCUAA